AUGCCACCCACGCCUGAUGGGGACGUACGUCUCAUCCAGUCGGCCGUCGACACCGAUGGCAUUCCCCCAGGCUCAACAACCUCAACGACAACGAUUUCGACGAUUGCAGUGAAAGCCGGCGAACAUGCGACGAUUGUUGUGGCCCUUCUCAAGUCAAUGGGCUACGUGGAGCUCCGUAUUGACGAGAUGCGGCCUGGGUUGUUGGCGAUCGGAGGGAGCUUGGAGGAGACCCGUUCGCUGCUCGCCAUGCACGAAGAUAUUAUGCAUCGAUUGAGAGAAAAAGAGGAUCAGGUAGAGGUGCUGCUCUCGCGCGCCGAUAAUCUGGCCCAUGAGAAAGAAAAUCCGAACGAACAGAUUGUGUACGAAGCAAUGGCCCGUUCUUUGAAUACGGCCUGGAGGGAGCUGCUCAAGCAACUGCAGCUGCGCGGCUACCUCCUUCACGACGUCUUGGAAUUUUAUAUCCUUUUCAACAAGCAUCAGCAGCUCUGCCAUCAGAUCAGUCGCGCGGGCUCCAGCUCCGGUGCCGGCUACAAUGAGCUGGUCGAUAUUACUUCAAAGGCGAUUGGACAAGGGGCUACGGUAAUUGCUCAGAUCCGAACCCUCGGCCAAAUCAACGACAACGAAACGCGUCCUAAAGAAAUCCUGCUGGCAUGUGAAGUAAUUGAAAGAGCAAUGCUAAGGAUGGCGCUGGAAUGGGAGCGAAUCGAAUCCUCCGGGGCCAAAGUUGAAGCCCCAGCGGUCCAGCAGGUACAGCAGGUACAGCAGCAAGAAAAUACUGAUGGUACGGCAUUGAAACAGAUCGAAGAUUGGCUGGCUCGAGCCGAAAAACGCGUAAUCGCAGCCAACGACUAUGGCCUGUCUGUUCUUCUAAAUGAAGCAGCUGAACAACAACACCGCCUGGAUACCCUGACCAACUGUGACCCAAUCCGAGUGGAUACAGUACGAUCUAUGAUUCAACAGCUUGUCGAUAGUAUUCACCGGAAAUUGAACCUCGGCCAGAGGAUCCAGCAGUUCUACGGCGCUUCUAAUUCGAUGAGCUCUCAGUUGGACAUGAUGGAGCAGGAUAUGCGGAACGCCAAUGCAGCUAUGGCUGGAGAAUUGGCACCGCUUGCUCGUCAAAAAGCGUCUGUCGUGAUCGCUGAGGGUCGUGAUAUUUUAGGCUCCGAGAAGUUGAGCCACGAGCUCGGGCGAGCCAUCUCGAGUCGUGUGGCCGAGCUCGAGUCGAAGCUCAACCGGCUUGAGCAGCUUGCACAGGAACGGAGCAAUGAGAGCGCGAUGAGGAGCAGUCAAAUGGUUUCCACCUUGUCCCAAUGGCUCCAACAGACCGCCGAACCAUUCCUCGCCAAAAAUGGGGAAAUGGGAGCCUCAGAGCAAGAUGGAGCUCGCUUCGUCCAGACCCACAAAUCCUUCGCCCAGGAAGUCGUCAACCAAGAUUCCGAAAUCCAAGCGAUGUACCAACAAAUGGGCCAUCUCGGUGACACUGAUAGGCGGACGGUACAGGAGUUUGAAAAAAGGUAUGAAACCGUCAAGCGUAACCUCGAGCAGCGCAUUCACCUUGGCCAAAAAUUCGAACAGGUGCACAAGUUCUCUCGAGAUCUGCAGACCUCAUUCUCGGCUCUUAGCGGGCUACUUGACUCUAAUCAAAGCCAAAUUAACGACAAUGUCGCCCAGCAGAUGAACAACGUCUUCGAGAUGAUUCAGGAGACGUUGGGACAAGAACGGAGUCAAGGAGAAGCUUUCAUUUCGAGCGCCCAGCAUGCAAAGCAAUUUGACAGCAGCCUGCAGGUCGACAACGCGAUCCAAUCUGUGCGAAACAUCUUGGAGAUCCAUCAUCAAAAGCUCACCGAAAUUACACAAAAAUGGACGAAUAUCGAGGCCACGAAGUCCGCCGACAAAAAGCUGCAAAACGUUGUUGAAGAAAUUCAAAUCUGGCAGGAAGAGGUCAUUGAGAUCAUUGGCCUGUUGGAAAAUACCCACAUCAGCUCGACGAAGGAAAGCGAAGGAUUGAGGCGUCGAGUCCAGGAAAUCCAAGAUACUGUCGCGAAACAGAGCCAGCGUAUCACCCAAGCGAAGUCUUCAGCGCAGGAAGAACAACUGGUACGACGCAUUGAAGCCGCACAGCAAAAGCAGCUGUACAUUCAAGACAAGUUGGCACAGCUCCAGAAGAAAGUAAAUACCAUCCACGAAACCUUGAUCGAGGAAGAGAUUCGCGAGGUGGUGAAGGCCCCAGAAAUCCUAGCUCCGUUGAAGGAGACUACGGUAAACGAGGGAUCCCGCUUUGAAUUUGCUGCCCGGAUUGAAGCGGAACCGGAACCAACUAUUAGCUGGAUGAAGGAUGGGGUUGACGUGCAGCAGAAUGUCGACUAUCACACUGAAUUCGUGAACGGGGUCGCGACUUUGACCAUUGAGGAGACUUUUGUGGAAGAUUCUGCACUUUACACAGUCCGCGCGCAUAAUAGUGGUGGUACCGUGGAAAGCUCGGCCCGGCUGACAGUCGUUGCACGCUCCCAAGCUGACCAGUCACUGGCUGAAGGAAAGCCGCAUUUCGUCAAGCAGUUGCAGAAUGUAUCUGUGCAAGAAGAAGAAUCGCUUCGACUCGAUUGUGUCAUUAUCGGAAAGCCGGAACCGGAAGUCGUUUGGCUGAAGGACGAAGAGGGAAUUCGCGAAGAUGAGAGAACUCGCUUCGAAUUCCUUGGAGAUCGUUGCUCGUUGACAAUCAGCCGGACGGCUGUUCAAGAUUCCGGAAUCUAUACAGUCAAGGCCAGAAACGCCGGAGGAGAAGCAUCCAAUUUCGCCCGCGUUCAAGUUGUACCAAAGGCCAAGGUGAACUCGUUUAUUCAUUUCCGUUGUUUUUUAAAUUGCGGUAAU